CAGAGUACCCAAGCAAACGGCGAACCGCGAAGCCGGAUCUGUCGUAACGUUCAGAUGUGGCAUUUUUGCUGGGAGAGCAAUGAUUUUAGGUUCUGGAAGGAUUUUUUCGCGGUUCCAGUACUAAGGGUUUCGAGCCACCUCCAUGAAAAUUUACGACCCAGUAGUCGCUGGUACCCGCGACGGAUCCGGGAGCUUCAUUCAUGACCGAGCGUUGCUCAGAGCGGAGACGGCGAAAUUCAAACCGCCGAAGCUCGACACCGAUCCGAGUAAGACCGUUUUCGUUGGCCGUCUGCCCCUGGAUCUGACAGAAGAUCGCCUGAGAGAGGUAUUCUCCGGAUGCGGCACACUGAGGAAUCUUCAUUUGGUGCGGCACAAGAUUUCGCGAGCGUCACAGGGGUACGCCUUUCUCACGUUCAAGCACAGCGCCGAUGUUAAUAGAGCUAUCGCCCUUCAUGGCUCCGAGAUCGGCGGAAAACGCAUCUUGGUCGAACGCGAAGUAGGGAGACUCUUACCGGGCUGGAAGCCGCGCCGAUUAGGAGGUGGUUUCGGAGGCCGUAAAGAGAGCGGACAAAUGCGUUUCGGCGGCAGAGCCUGUCCGCAUUCGGAUCGAGAAACGAAGUUCCCCGCCAGGAGUCGUGCAGACCGCAAGGAACGCGAGCGAUGUUGUUCUACUCCGACUCGGAGACGAGACGAUGCGUACUAACGGACUGUUUCGCGUGAUUCAUGAUUGAUGCACAAUUUCG